AUGGUUGUGGUUCUCAUGGGCAUGUCAUGGUUCAUGGUGUUUGAAGUGAACGAGACCUACGGCUACCCGUUGGCCAUGAACCGCAUGCUGAACUACAGGAACAAGGUCCUCAGCCUCGACAACAAGAACCCCAAGAAGAAGCAUGUGAUAAAGGAGAUUACCCCAGCGGAUGUUAUCAACGUCACGAGCUACCUCAAGAAGACGAACGUGUACUCCGAGUUCUACAAGAACAGAAGGAAAGUGAUCUUCACCAAAGAAUUGAAGUUAUCCUGGAUUCUGGCGCAGACGUUUCUCUUGUGCCCUCUUGGCUAG